GAUUGAUGUCGGCUAAAUCUUCCUCGUUCAGCCCUGGGACAACGAACUCGGUUUUAUAUAAAGCACUUGUUUAUUUUCUGUUGUUAAAGUCUUAUCUCGCCCAAUUACUCAAAUCUGGAACCAUGAACUUGAACUUCAACCCAUCCAUCGCAACACGUUGUCCUUAGAGCUCAUUCAACACUCAUCACUCAUCUCAUUUCAUAUCUUCGCAACCAACCGCCACCAUGGCUCCUUCAACCAUUUCUCCUCUCCUUCGUCCAGUCCCUCUCUUCUCACUUGCUGCCAUUCUUCGCCUGGUCCUUCUUUUCUAUGGCAUUUGGCAAGACGCCCAUUCUGCCGUCAAAUACACCGACAUCGACUACCUCGUCUUCACCGACGCCGCUCGCUAUGUGUCUCAGGGCCUCAGCCCCUAUCACAGAGAGACGUACCGCUACACGCCUCUGCUUGCCUGGAUGCUCGUCCCUACGGCCACGCCACAGCUCUUCUCCUUCGGCAAAGUCGUCUUUGCGUUGGCGGACUUACUCGCCGGAUGGCUCAUUGUCAGAGUGCUGACGAAGCAAAGGGGUAUGAGCGUCGAGAGGGCUGGUGCGUUUGCCGCCAUCUGGCUGUGGAACCCAAUGGUGGCGACAAUCAGCACAAGAGGCAGCUCAGAGGGCCUACUGGGCGUUCUGACAAUGGCCCUGUUAUGGGCUGUUGAAGGAAAGAGAAUCGGGCUGGCCGGCUUCAUCUUGGGGUUGAGUGUGCAUUUCAAAAUCUACCCCUUUAUUUAUGCGCCUGCAAUCAUAUGGUGGAUGGACGAUGAGCAUCUAGGCAAACGGGCUUCCAAGCCUUUUGUUUCAGCUACAGACACCAUCAUUCGAUUCCUCUCCCCUCAGAGGAUCCAGCUCACCAUCAUCAGCUUAUUGACUUUCAUGGGACUUAAUGUCCUCAUGUACUACAUCUAUGGUACUCCCUUCCUGGUCCAUUCUUACUUCCACCACGUCACCCGUAUCGACCACCGCCACAACUUCUCGCCUUACAACAUCUUCCUCUAUCUCGCAUCCGCCGACCCAUCUUCCAGCUCUCUUCAUGCCUUUCUCCCACAAUUGCUCCUCUCAUGUUUCCUGAUCCCCUUUGUCCUCGCCAAAAAGGAUCUCGCCACGUCCAUGAUGGCCCAAACCUUUGCCUUUGUCACAUUCAACAAGGUCUGCACCUCACAGUACUUCCUUUGGUAUAUGAUCUUCUUGCCUCUCUAUCUCCCUGGAUCCUCCAUGCUUCGCAUCCCCAGCCGCGGCAUUACGGCGCUGCUUCUUUGGGUCCUGGGACAAGCCGCUUGGCUACAGCAAGGCUACGAGCUCGAAUUUCUCGGUGUCAGCACCUUCUUUCCGGGCAUGUGGCUGGCUUCGUUGGGCUUUUUCCUCGUCAACUGUUGGAUACUAGGUAUAAUUAUCAGUGACGGUGCAGAAGCCAACCUCCAAAAGGUGCAUACCGCGUAAAUAGUUUGAUAGUGUUCCAUAUUAAAGAUUUCAUUCACACAAAAAUAAAACAUCAUACUCU